UCAGAGUUACAUUUGUGUCUCAUAUUAUAUAUCUAUAGGCCAACGUUGAUUUAAAUCAUGCAUUAUUGACCUGACAUUGACCUUCUCAGAGCAUGGAGUGGGAGGUCCGGUGGGAUCUUGGGUAUUUACAAUUUCUGAUUCCAUUUCCACAAGCUUCUUGUAGAACCAUGAGCAAAUCAUAUCACCCUCUGAGCCUCAGUUUUCACAUCUGUGAAAUGGAGAUUACAUCAUAAAGUUCUGGGGAAAAUGAAGUAACACUCCUGAAGCACUUAACAGUGGGCUGGGCACACAGGUGGAUGUCCAUACAGAUUAACUGCUACUUGGACUAUAUUAAUAGGUGAGGCCCUCUCCCCUCUAUAAAUGGGGAUGGUCCCUACCCAGUGCCCCUUUGAAAAUUUAAAAGUAGUUGACACCAGCAGAAUGACUAUCUCUGGAGCCCACCACCCACAGCCCUUCCACGGGGUAAGAGAGAAUCCCAGAAGGAUUAAGGUCUCCAAAAGCCCAAAGACGGUGAAAGCCCAACGUCACACAGCCCGCUGCAGGUGGGACUGGAUGAAACUUAACGCUCUGAUUCUGUCUGCCCUUGAGGUCAUCAAUUUGACCUCUCUGGUCAAACAGACACCAGUAGUCCAACUAAUGCGGAGACAAGGACUGAAUACCUCCCACCCUUUGAUGUUCAAUUGACACACUCAAGAUGGCGACGCCCUGAGCUCUGAAACACAGUCCGCCACAUUCGAGAUGGCGGAACACGCUUCUGCGCCGGUUCCGGUUCCGGUGAUUCCGGUGAUUCCGGCCUUGGCCGGGACACGCGGAGCGUGCUGGUAGUAAUCAUGGCGGACGGUCCGGUGGCGGAGGUGCUAUUGCGACGGCUGGAGGCGGCCGAUGGCGGCCUGGACAGCGCGGAGCUGGCGGCCGAACUGGGCUUGGAGCACCAGGCUGUGGUGGGCGCGGUGAAGAGCCUGCAGGCACUGGGCGAGAUCAUCGAAGCUGAACUGCGCUCCACCAAGCGCUGGGAGCUUACUGCCGAGGGCAAGGAGAUUGACCGGGAAGGCAGCCACGAGGCCCGGGUGUUUCACAGUGUUCCCCCGGAGGGCCUGGCCCAGAGCGAGCUCAUGAGACUGCCUAGUGGCAAGGUGGGCUUCAGCAAGGCCAUGUCCAACAAGUGGAUCCGCGUGGACAAGAGCACUGCCGAUGGGCCCCGGGUGUUCCGAGUGGUGGACAGUGUGGAGGAUGAGGUGCAGCGGCGACUCCAGCUGGUCCGGGGUGGACAGGCCGAGAAGCUGGGUGAGAAGGAAAGGAGUGAGCUUAAGAAGAGGAAACUGUUAACUGAAGUAACUCUGAAGACCUACUGGAUAAGCAAAGGCAGUGCCUUCAGUACCAGCAUCUCCAAGCAGGAGGCGGAGCUGAGCCCAGAGAUGAUCUCCAGCGGCUCCUGGCGGGAUCGGCCCUUCAAGCCCUACAAUUUCUUGGCCCACGGCGUCCUCCCUGACAGUGGCCACCUGCACCCCUUGCUCAAGGUCCGCACGCAGUUCAGGCAGAUCUUCCUGGAGAUGGGGUUCACCGAGAUGCCAACUGACAACUACAUCGAGAGCUCCUUCUGGAACUUCGAUGCGCUCUUCCAGCCCCAGCAGCACCCAGCGCGCGACCAGCAUGACACCUUCUUCCUGAGAGAUCCCGCCGAGGCCCUGCAGCUCCCCAUGGACUACGUCCAUCGAGUCAAGCGGACCCACUCCCAGGGUGGCUAUGGCUCGCAGGGGUACAAGUACAAUUGGAAGCUGGAUGAGGCCCGGAAAAAUAUACUUCGCACACAUACCACGGCGGCCAGCGCCCGUGCCCUCUACCGCCUGGCUCAAAAGAAGCCCUUCACGCCAGCCAAAUAUUUCUCCAUUGACCGAGUGUUUCGGAAUGAGACCCUGGAUGCCACACACUUAGCCGAGUUCCACCAAAUCGAGGGUGUUGUGGCUGACCAUGGCCUCACCCUGGGCCACCUCAUGGGCGUCUUGCGGGAGUUCUUCACCAAGCUGGGUAUCACCCAGUUACGCUUCAAGCCAGCCUACAACCCCUACACCGAGCCCAGCAUGGAGGUGUUCAGCUACCACCAAGGCUUGAAGAAGUGGGUAGAGGUCGGGAACUCUGGGCUCUUCCGCCCUGAGAUGCUGCUGCCCAUGGGACUCCCCGAGAACGUGUCAGUUAUAGCCUGGGGCCUCUCCCUGGAGCGCCCCACAAUGAUCAAAUACGGCAUCAACAAUAUCCGGGAGCUGGUGGGCCACAAGGUGAAUCUGCAGAUGGUGUAUGACAGCCCCUUGUGCCGCCUGGAUGCUGAACAGGGAUCCCUGCAGGCACAGGAGACCACAUGACAUGGGCCACCCUGGACAGGCCACCUUCCCUGAGCCCCCGCUUCCAAGCCCGUUAACAUCUCUGGCUAGUGACCCCCUUUUAUUUAUGAUGCCUCUGUGAGGCCACCCCCACCUCCCCACAGCCCCUGGUAUCUCCUCUUCCCCACCCGCCCCAGGGUCAUGGGCAGGGGAGGAGGUAAUACGUUCAUUUUGAUGUCCAUCUUUGAGGGUGGGCCCUGGGGAGUCCUGCAGGCAGCUGCUGGCUAAUAAAAUGGGCAGUUGCACUCAUCUGGUGCCUUUUCCUUAGGGGUGGAGGAGUUCUGUUGGGUCCCCUCAGCUCAUAGUGCUGCUUGAUGGAAAACCUGGAUGCUAGUGUGAGGGGUGGUGGGUUGAGGAUCUUGGGUCCUCGGGUCUUCCUGGCCAGCCUCAGCCAAAUACCCCCUGGGGAAGAUGAGCUCUACUAAGCAUUUACUGAUUACCUGCUGGUGCCAGGCCCUCUCCUAGGGGAAUGAAACAGAACCCCUACCCCUACGGGAGGGAUAUUUGGGAGUUUUUAAAAGCUGUAUGCCCCCCUGCCCUUAAAAGACUUUUAGACCAAUUUUAGGUUCACAAAAAAAUUGAGUGGAAGGUACAGAGAGUUUCUGUAUACUCCCUGCCCCAACCCUCGAACAGCCUCCCCCACUAUCAACAUUCCCACUAGAGUAGUGCCUUUGUUAAAACUGAUGAACUUACAUUGACAUAUCAUUACCUGGGGUUCAUAGUUGAUGGUUCACUCUGUGUGUUGUACAUUCUAUGGGUUUGGACAAAUGGAUGGUGACAUGUAUUCAUCAUUAUGGUAUCAUACAGAGUAUUUUCACUGCCCUGAAAGGCAUCUGUGCUCCACCUGUUCAUCCCUCCACCCCACACCCCCGAAAGUUUCUCUUUAAAAAAAAUUCUCAUAAGGAUUUCAAAUGAGCCCAGAAUAGAGAAAUAAAUAGGAUAAAGUUCCAAGAGCCCUGCACUCCCAUUGAACAGUGAUUUGGAUCUCACAUUUGAGCUUCAUCUCUGGUAUGUUUCUGGAAAUAUUUUAAAGCAAGUCCCAGCCACCAGUCACUCACCCCAUGUUUUCAGAGGCAGUGCACUUAGUGAAGCUGACAGCUGGGGCCGUGGGUGUCAUGGUCCCAGGGCCCUGUGGGUACCAACCUCCUGAAGGCUUGUCAGUCAAAUCUGUAUUUCAAAUUAAUUCAGUCAUAUAGAAAAAUACCGAUUCAUGCAAUUAAUGCACAUUUCCUAAGUGCCAACAUUUCAUGAGCUGAAGCCUCCGUAGUGGGCAAAGUGGAGUUAGGAUUCUGCCCUCUGGAGCUGAUGGGGGGAGGCACUUGGGAGACAUGAUAAACAGAUAAAUACAGAAAUGGGUAAAGGCUUUACCAAAAAAAGUAGCUGAGGACAAUGAAGAGCAUAUAUAUAUAUAUAUAACAGCACAAUUCAGUAAGUGCCCAGGAAUUCAUCCCACCCUGUUUGAAUCUGAACAUUAUAGUAUUUGCUUUGGAUCUUUCAUCAUAUUUUAGACCUAUGUGACCAAUGGGUUUGAAGACCUUUUGAGUUUGUCCUAGUUCCUUCUGCCCUCACCCUGCUGAGGUAAUUACCCACUCCUGAAUUUGGUAUUUAUCAUUCUCAUAUGUUUUAAUAUUUAUACUACUUAUAUGUUUUGUUCUCACAGGACAUGAUUUUAUUUUGCACGUUUUAAAAAGUUAUACAAAUGAUGCACCAUAAAAAUUAA